UUUUAUAAAACAGUCCUAACUGAUAACAAUGUCUUUUGACCUUGCAGGUUACUGACCCAAUGAAUAUCUCUGAGCCAGAUCCCAGCUUUGCUUUUGUAAGUGAAUUUACACUCCAAGGAUUCUCGUGUGAGUGGAAGAUUCAGAUCCUCCUCUUCUCACUGUUCACUACGACAUAUGCUCUGACCGUAACAGGGAAUGGAGCCAUUGUUUGUGCACUAUGGUGUGACCAGCGACUUCACACCCCCAUGUACAUGUUCCUGGGGAAUUUCUCCUUUCUAGAGAUGUGGUAUGUCUCUUCUACAGUCCCCAAGAUGUUGGCCAACUUCCUCUCAGAGAAAAAAACCAUCUCCUUUGCAGGAUGUUUCCUCCAGUUCUAUUUCUUUUUCUCUUUGGGGACAUCUGAAUGCUUACUUUUGGCUGCCAUGGCCUUUGAUCGGUACCUUGCUAUCUGCCGUCCCUUGCACUACCCUAAUAUCAUGACCAGGCAUCUCUGCAUCAAACUGGUCAUUACCUGCUGGGUUUGUGGAUUUCUGUGGUUCCUGAUCCCCAUUGUUCUCAUCUCUCAGAUGCCCUUCUGUGGUCCAAACAUUAUUGACCAUGUUGUGUGCGACCCAGGGCCACUGUUUGCAUUGGCAUGUGCCUCUGCCCCCAAAACCCAGCUAUUUUGCUACACUCUAAGCUCAUUAGUUAUUUUUGGUAACUUCCUCUUUAUUCUUGGGUCCUAUAUCCUUGUCCUGAUAGCUGUGUUGCGUAUGCCUUCAGGCACUGGGAGACAUAAAGCCUUCUCCACCUGUGGGUCUCAUUUGGCUGUGGUAUCACUGUUCUAUGGUUCUCUGAUGGUCAUGUAUGUGAGCCCAGGACUCAGUCAUUCUGCUGGGAUACAGAAAAUUGCAACUUUGUUCUAUGCUAUGGUGACGCCACUCUUCAACCCCCUCAUCUACAGUCUCCGGAAUAAGGAGAUAAAAGCAGCCCUGAGGAAAUUUUUGGGACUUCCAUCAUAAUCUAAGGCAUCUUAGAUGAUUCCUCCAUGAUCAGGUCAGUAUAAUAUAACAAAAGCAAUAAGAGUUAUAACAGUUAUCUAAAUCUACAAAUACGGGUCUGGUGAUAUUGACUAUAUCAGCCUGUGAAAUUAAGCAUGUAUUGGGCUCCUUAAAAUUAAAAUUGCCCAAUUAUAAAACAUAAAUAGAAGUGUUUGGUUUCUCUUUGGCACUUAGACUGUGUGUUAACUAAGGAAUGUGCACAUUUGGGUAUUUUCUGAGUAGUUUUCAUAAGAUUUAUCUGUAAUAAAAGUUCUUAUAUUGUAUUUGGUCACUUA